AUGGAACUCCUGGUCGUGGAGCUGAAGAGCAAGCUAGCUGCUUCUGAGGACAAUCUGAGAAGUAUGCUCGAAAGCAAUGAUACUUCCGUUGUUGGCAUGCAGCGAUCAGUCGCAGAGUUGCGGACGGCUAACGACAAUCUUCAAAAGCAACUGAAGGAAUCUCGAAAUGAGGCUGAACAGGCCCGCAGACAAGCGGAGGAUGCCAACUUACGUUCAGUCUCCCUCCGAAAUUCUGGCGAUACAGCGACUCGAUCCAAUGCGGAAUUAGAGCGCAGUUUGGCAGAUGUCAGGGCAGCUUUGGAGUCCCGUGAGAAAGAACUCGCUGUACUGGAAGAGAGGUACUCGAGGGCGGAGGUGGAGCGGAGUAUUUCCUUGGAGAAAGCUGCCGUCCUGGAAGAUGAACGGAGGCUGUUGGAAGGCGAUAUACGUUCCGUAACGAAUGCUAAAGCUCUGUGGGAGGGCAGGUGUUCGACUCUCCGAAGGGAGAAGGAGGAACUGGAACACAGCCUGCAGAAAGCAAGGCAAGAAAUUGUAGAAAACAGAGGUGAGGAGGUAUCGUUGACGAAGGGACGUCUAGAAGCUCUCUCUGCAUCAAAGCGGAGUCAAGAUUCACCCACGGGAAGGAAUGAUGGUAGCCCCAGUUACUUUCAAAGAUCACUUUCGGGGUCCAACAGCAUGCUGAAUAGUUCUCCCUCUAGAGAAGCCAAGGAGCUACACGAGCUACGCGGAAAGGUCGCCGUGUUGGAGGGCCUGAUAAAAAAGAAGACAAUGGAGAUGGACUCCUUGAAACGGGACUACAGCUCCAAGGAGUCCGAUCUUUACAACAAGAUUGAACUACUCCAGAUGGCCAAUGACCAGCUCAUUCAGGGUGGCCCUGAUUUAGGAAUGGACCAACUCCAAAUGGAGCUUCAAAGGCUCCAAAAUCAAUGUUCAAUCUUAGCCAGACGGGAACGCGAGCUUGUUUCUCAGCUCAGCACUCAGGAAGUGCCGCAUAAGUUCAUCGGCUUCAAGAGGUCUUGUGAGAAUGAGCAAAUAGAAUCCCGUUUCAACCGAUUCAAGGACACUGCCAAGUUCGGAAAUCUAAUGGAUAAGGUUAUCGCCUUAGACAAUGAAUCAUCCGAGCAGAUCGAAACUAACGCCAUGUAUAAGGAGCAAUUACGAAGGGGGAGCCAGAGACACUGCAAUUCCCGCAUUCGACGAAUUGGCGUUUGUCGACGGGGGCCGAGACAGCAUACGCACACUCAUGUUGCUACAGCUCUCGCCCCCGCAUUAAUUAAUUCCCAAUAUGCCAGCCUUUACCCUAACCCCGCCUGUCACUCACUACCGAUUUUGCCAAAUCCACCAAUUCUCCUCCUCUUCCACGACUGCGACCUUCACUCCUCCUCCCAACAAUUGCACGAGCACCACCAACCUGCCACCCAUCUCCCUACUUCAAGCUAUUCUCCCACCCACGCCUCCUUUACAGCAUCCCAAGUCUCGAAACCUCCGCAGACCAGACUGACGCUGACCUGCCAAACCUGCCGUGACCUUGAAAAUGUCGUUCCUCAUUCACCUCCCCGCUCCCCGCUCUCCUUCUCGUCCUCCUCCUCACGGCGAACCUUCUUCACGGCCUCCUCGCCUUCUCUCUCGGUCGCACGACUCGUCCCGGCGGGCUCGCAGGAGACGGACGACCUGCUCCCAGCAAUUAAUUCCACUCUACACCCUCUCCAAUUGGCUCGCACGCGGAUCCUCUCCAACCCGCCGCAAUCGACGAAGCUCUCGACGACCGAGAGGAUGGAAACCCAAGCAGUAGCACAUGAUCACAACGACAAACAUUUACUUCUCUAA